AUGUCUGAGACAAAAAGAUCCGUAGUUAGUUGGCUGAAGCAUUCUCGAAUAUUUGGCCGCCAAAAGCAUCUGUCACCGACUGAACCUAACUUGCAAGGACAGUCAAGUCGUGUGUCUAAAGUUUGUGAAUGGAAUGUCAAACCAGCUAGCGCAUCCACCAGCAUUAAUUCCAGUGGAGAAUCACCACAAUGUCCGGAGAAGACUACACCAGAACAUAAUGUACCCUCACGGUCAAGUGAAAAUUUGAUGCCGGAUGAUUUUGAAAGAUUUGCGCGUAUUUCCAAGUCACCCACAACACACUGGAAACAGGAUGAACUUCGUGUCCGUCAUUCUCUUCGUAGCCAAGUUCUGUUCAACGACAGUCCUCAAAUUCGUUCACCCGCUUCUUUGGCAAAUGAUCGAGAAGACUUGAGAAGAGUGCGCAGUUUAAUCGAACGUAAGCCAUGUGAACUCGAAGCCACUACAAGUUUUAGGCGAGAUCAAGCGAGAGCAAGUUUCCGAUCUAGCCACGCACGCGACCGAUUUCAAUUGAAACAACCGUGUCAUCCAGCAAACCUGAAGAAACCAGCUGAGCAGUACGCUUCCGAAUCAGUGAUGCCUAAAGAUGCCUGUGGAUAUGACAAACCGCGUGACUACGCGCUGGACUAUGAUCAACACGCAGACUUUAGCCUAUGUCGUGUGCGAAGUUUCAAAGUAACAAAAAAGGGUGUUAUUAAUCUGGUAAGUUCAGCUUCAAAACAUUAG